CCCACCCCGUCCCCCUCCCCCGCAACCAGCUUAUCACGGAGUCGGCCACUGGUUCUCCGGUCGACUUUUUGCACUCGCACACUUUCUCAUCUUUGCUUGUGUCCGACAUCCCUAUCUAAGGUAGACACAUCUCGUCGACUUGUCCAAGAACCCGAGUCAUUGCAUAGCUUGCACAUGACAACAAUGUCGGUGUUUCCACCCAUCACCCCGUUCAGCUUCACGCGACCAGGCACCUCGAUCCGCCGGACCAAGAGCGUCCAAAACUGUGUUGGUGAGUCGGCCUGGACCUCCUUUGACCAGCAGCUCACCACCACUCUCCAGCCUGUCGCCGCCGCAAAGCCAAGAAAGUGGCCAUGCUCGCCCUGCAAAGACCGAGGCGAGGCGCACCUCUGCGAGCCAUUUGUGCGCGAGCCGAGCGACCGCCCGACGGGCUACACGCACGUCUCGGACACGUCCAUCCUCGCUAACCGGGUGACGCAGCUCGAGCUGGUCAUCUCACGCUUGCUCGAGCGCGUCGACGACAUCAACAUCUACUCGGACCUGCUCAACGAGUUCAAGGACCCGUUACCGGUCUUCAAGCCGCCCGAGGGCAAAGACGGGCAUGACGACGACGACCAAGACCAGAAACCCAGCAACGGCGCCGGCCACGGGAAUGGCACCAGCCACGUUCCCAUGCUUAGCGCCCAUUCAACGGGCAACGGCAACGGCAGCAACGACGCAAUGAGCCGCCGAAUGAGCACAAUGUCGAGCGUCUCACGGAAAAAGUCGCUCAUCCCAGACGACAACGACGUUAUCGAGGUCGAAGACAUGACGUUCAUGGGCAACGGAGGCGCACCCACGCUGCCCAUGCACCCUGCAGCUGCGGCUGCCGUCGCAGCAGCGGCACAGGGGGUGCCCGUCACCAUGCCGCCGCAGAUGAUCGCGCACGCGCUCUCGCCCGUCUCGCGCAGCAGCUUCUCGGGGCAAGGGAUCGGCCCCUUCCCCCUGCAGCCCAACGGGGUGACCGCACCAACCGUGUACUCUGGCCCGCUGAGUGGACCUGGUUCUGGUCCGUACGGCUUGUCGACCCCGUCGUCGGGCAGCGGUCCCCUGCCCACCACGUACGCGCCCCCGCCGACUGCCCCGCCCAUGCCCUACAACCCGCCGUUCAACGCCCUCCGUGAAGUCCCCCCCGAGUCUGAAUCAAAAGCGCCCAGCGUGCACGAGCACGACGCGGCACUCGCCCUCGAGGGCCUCGCUCUUGGUCGAGAAGUAAAUUUUACCCGCGCGGCGUCUGAAGAGGAGGAAACGCCGGGCGGAGCGCUUACUUUCUCCUCGUUUAUCCAACACAACAAGUCCAAGGACCCGCGUGCUGUUCUCAAGUCGUUCCCUUCUGUCGCCAGGCUGCCGCCGCUUAUCGUCGGCAAGCACCUGCUCAACUACUACUUUGUCCACAUCGACUUCCGCUGGCGCGUGCUCCACCGCCCGACCUUUGAAUCGCAGUUUGGCGCGCUGUUCAACCGCCUCCGCACCAACACUACCGAGUUGACGCGCGACGAGCUCAACACGCUCGCGGUCUAUGCCGCCUGCUUGGCCGUCGCAGUGCACAUGCUCGACGAGGAGGGAUACCAGGACCUCGCGCUCGACCUCGACAAGGCCAACGCCCUCGCAGAGGUGUGCUGGAAUGUGUGUUACGAGGCCCUCGCCGCCGCCGACUGGCUCCAGGUGCACGACGUGCGAUCGUGCCAGGCUAUCAUCAUCGCCGGUAUCUACCUCAGCAGUGUGCGCAAGGCCAACCUCCACUGGACCCUGCUCGGUUCGGUGACCAAGAUCGCCAUGGCCAUCGGCCUCGGCGGUGUCCCCAAGGAAGCGAAGAUUGCGAACGGUCUGAUCAAGCCUUCACCGAGGUGGCAGAGUGCCAUUGAUCGUGAAGUUGGCCGCCGCGUCUGGUUCGCAUUGCUCGAGCUGGACAGCCUCUUCUCGAUGGAGUACGGCUUCAUCUACCUCAUUGGGGAGGACAUGCACCAGACCGACGAGCCAGCCAACGUCAACGACGUCGACAUUGUGGCCAACAAGCCAGUCAUCUCUCAGCCGAGCGAGGUAUACACCGACAUGUCGUACUUCAUUCAGCGCCUGCGCAUGUUCUACCCGUUCCGCGGGCUGUGCAUCCGCGCGCGCAAGGGCGGCCGCAUCCACUACUCGUACAUCACCGAGGCGCACAACGAGCUCCAGGCCGCGCUCAACAACAGCCCGACGUUCUUCAAGUACACAGAGGGCAUGGACAUCCCCGUGGACGCGGCGCAGUUCGAGAGCAUCAAGAGGGAAACGCUGGCUCUCAACGAAGGCGCCGACCUGCGACUCCUGCGCCUGCACCGCUACUACUUUGCAGCCGCCUGCCAGAACCCCCGCUACGUCUUGUCCAAGAAGACAUGCCUUGCGUCCGCUCGCCGACUCCUUGAGGCCAAGCGCCGCCGCAUGACGCCGUACCCGCUGAUCCACCCGCACUAUUGGGCACACCACUACUGCAUGUUCGUGUCGACGGUCGUGAUGAUCACGUAUCUGUCGUACGCGCUGCCGCAAGAAAUCCAGGAGGUGAAGCAGCACGCCGAGAGUGGCAUCGAGCAGCUUAGGGUGCUUUCGAAGAAGGGACGCACCGACCUCGGCGACUCGGCCGACACGCUCACGUCGCUCCUCACCCUGCAGCUCACGAAGCGGGAGGAGGAUAGCCCGAAGGUCGCCCAGCCGGAGCUGCACAAGCGCCCGCACGGCGACAUUGAGAAUGAGAACUGGGAGGGAUGGCUGCCGGCCGAUCUGGUCGCGCUGCUCAACGAGUCGGCGUUCGGCACGCCCGGUACCGGUGCCGGCCCCCCUCCGCCCGACAGCAACGUAGCGCCCGUGUUUGAGAAUCUCCUUGACGACUUUACUCUGUGGCAGUAGGAGUAGCAGUGAUGUGCGCGUUGUAUCAUAGUUGCUUGCAAUGGUUGUAUGCAGUCGCAGUGUGAUGGUG